CUGUCCCCAUAGCUCGUGUCUACUAACUUUUAGUAGACACGAGCUAUGGAAAGUUAGUAGACACGAGCUAUGGGGACAGUGUACGUACACGGAGAUUUUUAGAUCAAAGCUUACCUAUAGCUAGUCUAAUUAAGUCCACGAAAAUUGUUCUUUAAUUAGAAUUAUCUGCUAUAACGUGCAAAGAUUAAAGGCGUGGCUUCCGGUAAGCAAUCAUUCCAUGAACAUUGUGCAACGAAAGGCUUUUACAGGCCAUUUUACGAAAUAUAAGUGCCUCUAAAAUUUCGCGCUAUACGGUAUAUCAACAGUGAAACUUACACUAUCCAUUCUUACAGUAUAAGAAAUUGGCAAUCACAACAGCUGCACUAUACUGAUCGAUACAAUCAGUAUAGUGCAGCUGUUGUGUGCAGCUGUUGUGAUGUGCGAUUUUCUGAAAGCUUAUCAAUGCAUGUUAUUUGGCCACAAAUUCUGUCAUCAUCCAUAGUACCUUUUGACUAAUCUUCCUUUCAGAAAAUAGUGCAACUGCCCUGACCUUAUUAGGUAUUCUUUUACAUGCCGUUAUCUAUCCUUUUACUUGCAUGUACAUGUAUACAUUGUAAAUACUGUCUUGCCACGUACUCUCCCCUCCCAAUGUAAGCUCAUGCACACACACAAACUCUAUCUACAUCCACUCCCCUCACACCUGUUGGACGUGAUCACCAUAGUAGCAAGACACUCCGUAUACGCAGCCACUGAGGUAUCUUCAGAUGUACAGCUGCCCUUGUCUGAUGGAUGUUGUCUUCAGCCAGUUCCUACACUUGAUUGUUAUCUUGUCACCACCUAUCCUCUGUGCUUGUCCGGUACACUAUCCCCCCUGCCCUCUGAACUGGGACUACCUCUAGACCACUCCCUCCCCCUCUCUACCACGGCUCUGCUCACAUGGGCACUGGCACUAGGCUACGGACUAGCCUCUCACGCAGUCAGGGACACGUUUCCAGAGUUACUGAAGCAGUUGCACUGUGUUUCCCUGGACAACGGUAGCUCUCCCCUGCAAGCUAACAGAGACAAGGCUCUACUGUGUCUAGUGGAGGCAGUUCUCAGACUAGUGGCUAUUACACCUGAGCAGCUCAAGAUUGAGGGAACUACUGACACCCACCCUCCCCCUGCCGUGGACUGGAGUCAUCCUCGGGCUCUGUUGGCUCCACUACUUAGUCUAACACAAUGGCUGACUGAGACUACUGAGGACGCACCGUGUGCUGGCAAUGUGCUGCACUGUCUUGCCACAUACUACCAUCUCUCCCCUCCCAAUAGAUACGUCUGGUAUUGCCACUCCCCUCGACACUCCGGGCACACCUCCACCACCCUCCCUACCCUCACACUUCACACUCCCCACACCCAACAAGCCUGCACUGUACGGCCGCCCCACGAUGCAGUCAGGUGACUACCACAGUCUAGUGCAGCCUCGACUCUCGCUACUGACAGCCACCAACCUGACCUGGGGGUACAUCAGACUAGUGGCACUACACAGCAACAAGGCCACAGGUUGAAACCUUGCUGUGAGUGGCUGCGAUAGUUUGCAACCCAGUGUAUAUUGAGUAUCUCAAUAAAGUGUCACAAUCUGAUGGUUCAAAGGUGGAGUUGGGUUCAUCCGUCCCAGAGGGGUGUGGUCAAUUGACGUUUGAUCUUGGACAUAGGUUACUUAAACUCCUCCCACCUGAACCAGAGAGUAUCGUAUGUAUUGAGUCUCCACUGUUGUAUUGCACCCCUCGCUUAUCAGCAGUAGAGAUCGACAUACCAUCAUUCUCCAAGCUUCUAAAGACACCCUUGUAUAAAUCUACCAGAUUGAAAGGCUGUGAAGGAGAGUAAACCGCUGGACAUCACAUUCUCUGCUGGGGUGGAGCUACUGGAGGAGGACGAGAAGGAGCUGUACUCCUCCACUCGUAUCCAGCCAAUGCCGUACCUUCAGUACAAGAAGACCGUGCUGGCAGAGUAUGAGAAGCAAUCGAGACUAACUCUAGCAGAGUGUCGGAAGCUGCUCAAGAUUGACGUGAACAAAACUAGAAUUUCUUUGUCAGUAGAGGUUGGAUUGAACACAUCAGCUAGUGUUAUUUUGUUGCUCAUUAAUUAAAGUGUGUCUGUCAUGUUUAUUUUGUUGAGAA